GAAAAUCUUCAAGCCCUCCUCCUUCCAUCAUAAAAGGAUAUAGUCGCUCAAAUUAUGGUUAACCUCUUGUGUUCAUUGUGAUAACUUCUCAUAUGCAUCAGGUACCUCUAAUGACCAAUCACAGUAGCGAGAAAUUUGUACUUUGAUAUUUUCCAACCAAAGCACCCUCACUUCAAUAUCACCAGCAUUUACAGAAAUAAUGUCCCUCUAUUAUGAAGCAGCGGAAGUUCUAGCUGCCCCUGCUAAUCAAGGUGGUAGCUUAAGAUCAAGAAUUUUCAGCAAGAAAGAUUUGAAAUCACAACCAGCUCAAAUCUAUGCUCUGGCGAUAGAAUCAUGCAAAUGGAGUCCUAUUUUGAAGGAAGUUGUCGAAAAUGCAGAUCUAUUACGAUUGGAGCGAAAGGUCAGUGUUGUGAUUAACGUUGAUAAGAAUUUGAAAUUGUGCUAAUAUAAUUUCUAGCUAACCGCAAUCGUGUCUCUUCUCCUCGUUCAUGACUUAUUAUUGGCAAAAAGAGGAAUUGCUCUUCCAGCCACUCAUGGUUUACGAGCGUCAAUUGAGCGACAUAAGGGAAGAUUGCAAGCAGAAUUGACCAAGGCAAGACUUCGGAGGAAAAUAAGCACAAUGGAAGCUUUAAAAGCCUAUGUCGAGACAGGUCAGGAGAAUGCAACUGACACAUCUGAAGCACCUUACCCUCGUUGGAUUCGUAUCAACACUUUAAAAACUACUCUUGAGGAUCAACUCGAAUCUACUUUUACUGGAUUUGAACGUGCAGCAACAAUUGAUGCUGUCAGACAUCGAGGUUCUAAACACAUAUAUAUCGAUGUUCAUAUUCCAAAUCUCAUUGCUAUAUCACCAAAUAUUGAUCUUUCAAAGAGUGAAGCAUACAGAUCUGGAGAAAUUAUCUUCCAGGACAAAGCAUCAUGUUUUCCAGCAUAUCUUCUUGAUCCUCUUGCCGAAGAUGGUGAUAUUAUCGACUCUUGUUCAGCACCUGGUAACAAGACUACUCAUGUUGCGGCUAUUUUGGUUGAUCGACUUCCCGAACCGGACGAAUCUACUCAAGUUAUCCACGCGUUUGAGAAGAACAAAGGAAGAGCUGAAACUUUAGAUAAGAUGGUCAACCUAGCAGGGUCAAAUACGUUCACUACUCUUCAUGCCGGCCAUGAUUUCUUGAAGACUGAUCCUAAUUCCGUUACAUACAAGAAUGUUGGCGCUUUGUUGUUGGAUCCAAGUUGCUCAGGAAGCGGUAUUGUUGGUAGAGAUGAUAUGCCGGAGUUACACUUACCAGGUAUCAAGGAGGUUAGUUUAAAACCUUCUAGAAACAAAAAGAAGCCGAAGAAGGCACCAGAGCCAGUCGAAACAAAUAAGAAACGAAAGCGUGAAGGUGAUGGGGAUAAAUUAGAAGUCAUGGUUGAUGACGAUGGAGUCGUCACUGCCGUCGAUACCGAUGCCGAACUUAAAUCUAGGUUAGCCGCCCUUGCAGAAUUUCAACUGGAACUUCUUCUUCAUGCAUUCAAGUAUCCUGCUGCUCGAAAGAUUACUUACUCUACUUGUUCUAUUCACGCCGAGGAAAAUGAAUCAGUUGUUCAAAAGGCUUUAGCUUCCGAAAUAGCCAAGGAAAGAGGUUGGAGAAUUCUCCGUCGUGAUAAUCAAAUCAGGGGCAUGAGGGAGUGGCCAGUCCGAGGUUCUGUGGAAGCAUGUGAUGGAGAUGAAGUGGUUGCAGAGGGAUGUAUUCGAGCCAACAAAGGAGAUGAACAUGCUACUAUGGGAUUCUUCUUGGCAGGAUUUGUGAGAGACCAAACAUCAACGGUUGAUUUUGAAGCUGAGUUUCUGCGAGAUGAGCGUGGACAUCUUGUACGCGAUUUAAUGGGGAUACCAAUCAGAAAAGAUCAGGAGAAAGCAGAAGAAUUGAUUACACAUACCCAAAUGGAACCUGGGGGAUCUUACGACCACGGACCGGAAGACGGUGAGGAAUGGGGUGGGUUCGAGGAAGAGGUUGCACGGAUAGUUCAGGUAUCCGCUGCAGCUGAGAAAAAAGAAAAGGCCAAGGUCAACAAACAUGCUCAUGAUGCGAUUAAGAAACGGGUCAAUAUGAGUGUGAAGGACAAGAAGAGACAGAAAACAAAAAGAUAAUAUAAGAACCUUUUCUAGGAGGGGCCGUAUGUUGAAAUAGAAGGAUGCUACUGGAUGUCUGUCGUCACCAUUAUCAAUCAGAGGACAAAUGAGCAUACUGUUUUUUCGUGUCACGUUAAGUUCAUCCGUGUGACAUCCAUUCAGCUUGAAUCUUGAACGUCAACUUCCGCCGUGGACAUGGGAAUCCUAGAAUAAUCUAUCUGGUCCCAGCCUGAAUGUAUUCAAAACCUUGAUUUCUUCAAGAUGGAUAGAAGAUUAUAAUAGGGAGUCAUGGCGAUAAAUACUAUCUCCGUCAAUGCUUAGAUACGUACGGCUAUGUCGGCAUCUGUUAGGCUACAUUCCAUCACAAACAACACGAUUUUCGAUAGC